AUGGCCAUCUACAGUGCUGUUCCACCUCCCCCGGAGUCCCCGGCAAUGUCAGCGUCGGGCGAAGCCCACCACGCCAGUGGCAACAUUCAUCAUGGGCACCACCACACGCCCUCAAUCGCAUCAACGGCGACCCUUGACAUUGAAGCAUGGACAGUGUCCGCGCUCGAGUCGCUCAGCGUGUCUGCCGAGGCCCGCGGCACCGGCACGCCCUUCUCCAUUCCGCUGGACAACAGCAUCCCCGCACCGCGCACCAACCAAGCGCGCGUGUCCAUCGAUCCGGGCCUGGGCGGCAUCGCACCUCCGCGCAGGCCCCCUUCCCGCCGCGACAGCCAGCGCCGCCGCGAGCUUGUCCUCAAGGGCAACGAGGGCAGCCGGCAGCGGCGCAGGUGGGAGAACGACCGUCUGGUCCACGUGCCUGGCGCCCAGCCGCCCGAGCCCAUCGACUUCCAGGUGGGCCCGACGCACGUCGUGCACGACUACGUGCCCUACCACGUCGCUCAACUGUGGGAUCGUGGCCUGCGCGAUCAGAUUGAGGAGGACCGCGCCAGGGUCGCCGCGCUCAAGAGGAAGCGCCAGCAGCAGAUCGACGCCGGCCUGCUGUCCGCCGGGGCUGAAUCUGCCGCCGUGGCAGUCGGCCGCGUGCCGCGCGAGCUUCGAGCCACGGCCAAGAAGACGCCAGCGCUGAAGGGCUGGGUGCGCACGCUCGAGGAGCCCGUUCGGCAGUUCCUUGUGGAGGAGGAUGCCAGGAUCAGGGCCGCCGCUGCUGAAAAGGAGCGGAAGGAGUUGGAGAAGGAGAAGGAGGCACGUGCAGCUAGCGAGGGUGAGAGCGGGCUCGAUUCCGAAGACGAAGAAAUCGUCUUCGUUGGACGACGCCAGGCCACACCACAAAAGCCAAGCGGCCCGGGUUGGAAAAAGGCCCACCGUGAGACGCGCGACAAAGGGGCUAUUGACUCUGGCGUCGUUUUUGACUCGUUGGGCGACGACGAGAGCAGUGCCUUCAAGCGAUGGCUCACCCACUCGAUCUCUGAUUACUAUGGCCUUUCAUCCCACUCGGCAACUACGGGAACCCCACCGCGGAAGGUCGUAUAUGUGGGCAUCAAGCCUGCUGGCAGUGGCUCAAAGAAAACGACACAGCUACCAUCACAACUUCCACGGCCAAUGUGGGAGCUGUUUUGA